GGCGGGUCUUUACGAGGGUGGAGCUCGAAGCGCACCGAGAGACUGCUGUGGAUGGACGAGCUGGUUACUUGGCAGCAUUUCGGCUUCCAUCCCAACCGUCUGUACGAAGAGAUUUACGCAGUUGGUUACAAUGAGUUCCUGGGAGCAGUCGGUGCCCUCAGAGACGCACUGCUGGCCGAAUUCCCCGAGCCAGAGAGACAGCGGGAGGUGAAGGACGGCUGCGACCAGCUCCUGGCAUCCUACAGCCGCUCUCUGGACGAGAAAUGGUUCCACAAAUUCAUCCAGUUCUGCAGUUCUAACGUGUUUACCGUCCCGGCUCACGUGAGCGUGUUCGGCGACAUAAAGAGAGCCAGAGAGGAGGGAAGCUCAGUGGACGAGGUCAACCAUGAAGUGCUGGCUUCUCUCUACCUCAACUUCAAACUGCAGCAGAGAAUUGGGUUGCUGGACAGGGAGCUGGAGAGGAGAAGCGCUGUUCUGGAGAGGACAAGAAGAGAGGAGAGACGACUAGAAGUUGUGCUGGAGGCCCAGGGACUGGAGAGACAGCUCAGAGAAAAAGAAGAACAGUUGCUAGGGACCCAGCCCGAGAGCUAGACAGUAUAGACUGUUAUGCACUUGUCACACUAUUUUCUUUCACUAUUAGCUACUAACAUUCUACGAGCGAAUUGACUGGUGGCACGUAAACCCAUAAA